AAAAAAAAUGUAUACAUUUUACCUUUCAUAAAAGAGGAAAAUUUUGUUAUUGUAGAUUUAACCACCAAUGUCUUUCAAAUUGUCAUCAUUUUUAUUUACAAUUUUACCAUUAGUUUCUCUUUUAAAAUUUAGUGACUAUAUUGUGUAGUUACAUUAGUUCGUUUCUUAUGCUGAAGAUAAUUAAUUGUAUGCGUGAUAUGUCACAUUGAAUGAACUUCGAAGUGGAUCGUUACUCGUCAGCUUGGGCACACAUAGCCCUCUGUGCAGAUCUUACUUGGGCCUCAGAACCUCCCGAUGAAUUCAUCGUAGCCAAUCAGCGCCUGUGGGCACAGCAAUGCCGUGUUUCCCAAGUCCUCCAAGAUUCAGCCGUUGAAUCGUCACUGUGCGCUCAGAAUCAUUGCGACCACACAGAUACUCAACUCGUUGUACAAAGUCAAGAAAAUAGAAGCAAUAGUGGUCGUAGGAGCGUGAAAGAUGUAAUACCAGAAUCAAGAUUAGCACAAUUUUAUGGCAACUUUUACUACGACGACAGCAGAGAAAACUGUUACACUUGUGCGAAUGAAAAACCAAAUGCUCGUGGUUAUAACGGUCAAGGAUGCGACAAUACCGAUCUUACAGAAUGUUGGAUGUUACCUGAGAUUGAAUACUGGUUUCGUAAAUUAGCGGAUGAUUCAACCGAUCGCAGUAUGGUACCACGUCGUCGUCGACAGUACAAGAUUCUUCCUGAUGAAGAUUUCGAGCGCUGGGGCCCGACUGAAGCGCGUACCGCCGAAGAAGCGGCGCUCGAAGCCCGAAUACGAAGUACCCAGGCAUUGUGGAACGAACCGUCUUCGCAAAGGAAGCCGGCUAGGGCUCUUUCCCCGCCACCCACCUCUAGGAAAAUGCGAGCAAGACGUCGUCAACCAAGAAGACCGACUGUACCCCCUCCGCCGCCCGCUUAUUGUCUCGAGGCCCCCACUAAACUGUUUUGUGAUCCAUCUUGCAAGUUUCAAUUCGAUGCCCCUCGUCCACAAUUAACCGAGUAUCAAAAAGCGAUGGGACGCUUAUCAGCAAGCGUGCAAGCAGUGAUGAGAGCAAAUGCGUGUCGUUGCCCGCCGUACCGAGGAACUAACGUCAGUCGAUACGCACCCACAGGCCAGAGACACUUGCGCUACCCCGACAGACGCUACGGCAUCUGGUGGCCACGCGAGAAUCUAUCACCGCGGUUGGAAAAUAGAUUUAACAUUACACACAUUCAAAAUAUCACUACUAACAGCCAAAAAGGAGAAAAAGUAACCCCUAAUAUUAAAGCAGAAAUUAGGAAACAGGAACCAGAUAUCACUUCAUGUGACGAGAAGCAAACAAAUGAGCCCGAAGUGCAGUCAGAAGUUCCUCCAGAAAACCCUCCACAACAAAAGGACAAAGUUGUUCUUGAUAAUCAAUUGCCAUCUACAAGUGCAGCUGCGAUGGAAGGCGCAAGGAAAAAACGACUUUACAGUACCGUUCUUAGCAUGACUCCACCGCCUACUCUCAAUUUAAACACGGUUGGAUGUCUCAGGCUCUCACAAAAAUUAGCACCUGGUCUUAUAAAAUUAAAUCCAAAAUUAGUUUUGCGUUCGAAAAGCCGACCGAACGUUGAUAACAAAUUUGAAGAACUUGAAAAAGAAGCUUUAGAACAAUAUAAAGCGUCAGAUGAAAGUAUAGACACGAAGUUUCGCGCGCUUGAAGAAGAAGCUGCCGAUCAGUAUAGCACUAGUAACAGCAAUACAAGCUGUAGCAGCGCAAAUUCCGGGGAAAGGAAAAAUACUAAAUGCGCAACGAACAAUGAAACUAAAGCAAAAACGCAACCGUCAAAAUUUCAUAAAGACAAAUCUGUGGAAAGCGUUGUGAUAUACUCCCAGAAUUUAAACGAUUCUAGUGUUAAAGAAAAUACAAAUAGUGUAACGAAUUUAAAAAACUUCCACACCCCCCCGAGGGGGGAAAAAAAGGAACAAACUCGUAGAUCUAUCAAAUAUAUGAGGAGCAGUAAAACUGGUUCUCUAAGGCCUGCGUCCGAUACAGACUACGAAGCCAGAGAGUCGAAAACCAAGGGAUUUCAUAAGGGAGCAAUGCGUUGGACCUUACAUGUUAUGCCACCAAAGAAGAGACAUUUAACUUCUUGCGCGUCCGAUUUCUCCUCAGAUGACGAGUUGGAAGAGGCGAGUGUGUCUAUCAGAGAUGCUGGACCUUGUAUAAAGAACCGAGCGACUGGGAAGGUCAAAAUGUCAGCGCACGGCGGUGGAGAUUUGCAUCCAAUCAUGAGAAAAACUUAGCUAUUUUAAGAAAGAAGGAAGCCUCCGUUUAUUCUUGCCACUUAAAAGUUGGUCCUAUUUUUCGUAGCCAAAAAUUUUGAGCUUUAUUGUUGUGCACAUCAAUAAGUCCAGUUUAAGAUGACUAAGCGUUGGUGUCCAAUUUUCCCAGGCAUGAGCGAUUGUUUCAUAUAUAUAUAUUAUUGUAAUGACUUAGAUUUUGUACAUGCCUAGAUUCUAUUCUUAGCGUAUACUUUAAGAGGCUUAGGAUGACCGCAUUUUGACCUAACUGGCA